AUGCUUCCAUACAAAUCGCUGCUGGUUGUGAUGGCCGUCAUAGCUCUCUCAUGGCUUACACAAGGCACAACUGCCUCCGCCGUCAGAAAUUACAACUCACAGUUGGAUGACAAAACAAGACAGGAAGUGAUCGCACUAGCAGGCCGGAUAGUCAAGCUGGCUAUGUAUGGCUAUGACUGGAACGAAUACCACAAAAGGAACGGAGGAACGGCCGAUACUCUCUUCAACAUGCCUGACUUAGAGGACGUUGGAAGAUAG